AUUAUCCUAGGUAGUUAUAAAGGCGGGGAACAUUUUCGUUGUUCUGAGAGCUGAUUGGCUAAAAAAAAAUAUUAUUAGGGAUCUGGAGCGCAUCGGGUACAUGUGCAUGUGCACCGCUUGGUUACCUUGGAGACAGUAAAUCAACUCGACUUUGGCGUCAUUUCAUAUUUCGAACGAUUAAGGAUGAAGUCCUUUGAAGAACACUACCACGAUCUCAUUACUAAGAAUGCAGAUCCACGCACUAAAGACUGGCUUCUAGUUGGUUCCCCAUGGCCCAUUGCCUGCCUGUGUAUCUUGUACCUGGUGAUGGUAAGGGUGGGGCAGCAAAUGAUGAUCAAAAGACCUGCCUUUAGCCUUCAGGGACCCAUGAUUGCCUACAACCUUUUCCUGGUGCUUCUUAGUGCAUACAUGUUGUAUGAGUUCAUUAUGUCAUCUUGGCUGGUUCCUGGCUUUAACUUCCACUGUGCACCUGUUGAUGCCUCUGACAAUCCUUCUUCUCUACGGCUUGCAAGAGCAGUGUGGUGGUAUUACUUUUCAAAGGUCAUUGAAUUUGCAGACACAGCCUUUUUCGUGCUACGUAAAAAGAAUAACCAGGUGACAAUCCUCCACUUGUACCAUCAUGUAACCAUGCCUUUCCUGUGGUAUAUUGGAACUACUUUUGCACCUGGCGGUGAAGCUUACUUUGCUGCCUCCGUCAACUGCCUUGUCCACAUCAUCAUGUAUAGCUACUAUUUACUCUCUGCCUUGGGACCAGCAGUACAGCCCUAUCUGUGGUGGAAGAAAUACCUCACUGGUCUGCAGCUACUACAGUUUACCAUUGUCAUGGUGCGGGCAGGCUACGCUGUAUACACCAACUGCAGCUACCCCUUGAUAUUCCAGAAGAUGCUGAUUUUCUACAUGCUAAGCUUUAUAGUUCUCUUCUCCAACUUCUUUUACCAAACAUACUUCCAGAAGAAACACAGAUCUGCAGCUGUUAAUGGGGUUUCCAAUGGGGUUUUCCAUGAUGUAAAGCAUAUACGAAGUUUAGAUGCUUCCCAGUGCAAAAAAGAUUAAAGGCAAGAGGAUCAUUGUAGGCAAAGUUUCAGGACGCUUGGAUUAUAAUACAAAUUAUGUGUUGUUUGAUAAAUGAAAAAAAAAAAAUGAACAGUAACAAUAUUUACAUCAGAUGACAGGGGAGGCAUGUACUCAUAGAUAUGCAGAAACUACUAUUAAUGGCGUUUUCUAGCAUAUGGUUGACACAAUAAGAGAACAUAGAGGACUAGAGUAGAAUACAUGGUUUGAUAGUUUGUGCACAAGAACUGGCCAUAAUGUGCAAAAUGCAUGUCUUGGACAAGAAUAUUUGUUCGUGAAUUAGCCACUGCAGUCAAUAUACAUUAACAAAAUUUAAAUUAUGCUGGACAAAGUCCUAUAGA